ACUAGUUUUUAUCAUAACUUCGCCGAACGGUCCUUUUUUUUUAGUACGCGACUGGGGGCGACCCUGGGAACCGACUCGCGCCAGGUCCAUUUUUUACGCCGGCUCACCCUCAGACGGCGUUUUUAGACGCCCCCUGAAGGGCCAACGGCUGGAGAUGCCCUUAAUAGCCACAGAGAUUUUAGUCCAACAACUGCAUAAGAAGGACGUGCCUGGAGGUCUACUAAGUCAAAAGUUGUUGGCCGGAUCAUAUAUCCUUGUCACCAAGCCUAUCAACCAUUACCUUCCCUUUGUUUAUUGUUCUUGUCUUCUCAAAGAUCACUGGAUAUGCUUGCAGCCGAGCGCUUUGUUGUGUUCAGUCCCGUUGAGUAUAUGCCGCCAAAGCUGUACUGUAUCGCUUCUUUAUGAUUGUUACCCAGUAAAAAGAAGUGAUGCGCAACUCAGUCUCUGAAAAAUGUUAAAGCACUGACAUUUUUUAUUGCCAUGUUAGCAAUAUCAUUAUGAUAGGAUCGCAUUCUCCUUCCCGCCAUUCGCCGUGUGGUCAAUUCUGUCUCCUUGGACUUGUCGUGUCUUAAAGAAAACAAGGAUAACAUCAGGUCGGUGUUUCAGUGAUCUGGCGACCUUAUCCAAAGCCAUUGUCUAGGAGCUAGGACGCACGUUAAUUCGCUUGAGAAGCAGGUUAGGGAAAUGCCAGAAAUAAUUAGUGAAAAGGCUUAUGUAGUAGUACUAGUGCAUUACGUAACGUUUUCUACUCCUUGUCUGAAAGUAGUAGUAGUAGUACCUUGUUUAGCACGGGACCCGCUUAGGGUUUGGCUAGACUCAUUACGACACAACAAUAUCCUGGGAAUUCUAUGGGCCAAGCAACCCCAUGGUUCCCUUUCUUACAGUUGUAGCAUGUGUCCCUUUCCGAUCUUGGUGACACUGCCCACCUUGUCACGACGGCAUCCACACAUGAACCCGGACGGCACCGCGCGCCACAGAUCUGCAAUUUUGCGUGACUUGCUCCGUCCCUCUCGUUAGUUCGUUGUCCUGCUCCAGUCGGAUCGAUGAUAAUCUCACUACGGUUUGAUCGAUCAAGAUGUCUACCUUGAAUUAUUGAUUGCGCCGUGAACCGUCUGAAGGUGCAAGAGCAGGAUGAAUCAGGUUAGGCGUGAUAAUGAUCCGUCCAAGAGAGUGAGCGGGGACGCGCCGGCGGCGGCGGCACGCGCCGGCUGCUUCGACUGCAACAUCUGCCUGGACUUCGCGGUGGAGCCGGUGGUCACCCUCUGCGGCCAUCUCUACUGCUGGCCUUGCAUCUACGAGUGGCUGCGCCGCGACGCCGCCGGCGGCACCAUCUCGGCGGCAGGGCGGCCGUGCCCCGUGUGCAAGGCCGCGCUCACGCUGGACUCGCUCGUGCCGCUCUACGGCCGUGGCGGCAGCCGGCCCAGUAAGCCACGGCUCCACCCGGCCCUUCCGCGCCGGCCGACCGUGCACCGGGGAGCCGUCGAGCAACAGAGCGCGCAAACCAGCGGUGGCAGUGGUCACCGACGCGUGAUCAUGGAACCCGGUUCGCCGACUCGUUCAUCCCGUCACGCGCGUGUCGGAGCCGCGCAGUUCAACAUCGUAUACCCUCCUCCGCCCUUGGGGUACGGCAUGAAUGCGAUGAACUCGACGUCCAGUGGGGUGCUCGGCCGGAUGGCCCUGGCGUUGCUCCCCUGGGUGUUCGGUGGCGAGGCGCCGGCGCCGAGCUACCCCCUGGGCGAGCUGCAAAACCUGAGCCCUAGGCUGAGGCGGCAGCACAUGGAGGUGGAGAGGUCUUUGCAUCAGUUAUUGUUCUUCCUCUUUGUGUUCGUAGUGCUGUGCCUGCUCUUGUUCUGAUCUCGCGGAGCACAUUCCUGCAACUUCUCUACGUAUAGCUGUCGUGUACUACAUAGUGCAACUCUAAAAGAGGUCAUGUGUUUGCACUAUUAACCAAAUGUCCAGCCUA